AUGGCGACUGAGGCAUCAUUUGAAUUGAGGUCCUUAAGACCUAAACAUACUUGUUCUCGAGUAUACAAGAGCUCAAUUGUCAAUUCGAGGUGGAUAUCAAAUAAACUAUAUGAUAAGUUUAAAAUUCAGCAGGACAUGCUAUUGCAAGUUAUACAAGAUGAAGUGAAGAGGAAAUGGAAUGUUGAAGUAGGUAGGAGUCAAAUGUAUAGAGGUAGGAAGAAGGCAGGAAAGAGGUUGUACGGUUGUUUGGGUGAGCAGUAUGGCAGGCUGUGGGAUUAUUGUGGGACUUUGAAGCCCAUGAAUAAAGGGUUCUUAGAAGGUUGUAGGCCUGUCAUAGGCCUAGACGGGUGCUUUUUGAAAGGACCCUACAAGGGAAUAUUAUUGGCUGCGGUUGGUCGAGAUGUCGACAUGUACCCGAUUGAUCUUAUUCCAAGUUUUGAUAAUGUUAUUCCAAUGGCGGAUCACCGAAUAUGUGUACGGCAUUUAUAUGUCAACUUUCGAGAUAAUGGGUUUCGAGGGGUGGCCCUGAAGGAAUUGUUGUGGAAGGCAACAUCAUCUUAUACUGAGGUUGACUUCAGAAUACAUACAGAAGAAAUUAAGAGAAUCAGUCCUGAUGCCUUUGACUACCUAGACAAGGUUGACCCCAGCGGAUGGUCACGAGCAUGGUUCAACGAAUCUCCCAAAUGUGACCUCCUUGUCAACAAUAUCUCCGAAUGCUUCAAUUCUUAUAUCUUGAAGGCUCAUGACAAGCCUAUUCUAACAAUGCUUGAGAUGAUUAGGAAGCAGCUCAUGAGAAUCUUGAGGCCGUUUGUGAAGCGGCAUCGGACUGCCUUUCCCCGUUAUUCUGGCGAUGGUAUGUUUGAAGUGGAGCAAGGAAGUAGGCAAUAUGUUGUUGAUAUCCGGAAUAGGAAAUGUGGCUGCAGGAGGUGGCAGAUGACUGGGAUCCCAUGUGCACAUGCACAUUCUGCCAUAACCUUUCAUGGACAUCACCCGGAGGAUUAUGUGGAUCCAUGUUAUAGCAUUGAGACGUACAAAAAGGCCUAUGCUCCACUCAUUUAUCCAAUGCCUAGUGAGGAACAGUGGAUACAGACUGAGCAUGAUGUUUUGGAUCCACCAAGAUCAAGAUUGAUGCCAAGUAGACCUCAAAAGGCCAUAAAGAGUUUAAGGACAAUUACUAGUGAUACACAGCAACCCACUGCCCCACCUACUGCAACAGUUGAGAGAAUUUUGGAAAGUGACCUUGUUGGACUUAGAUUGCCAAGCCGGAAUAGGCAACCGGCAGCACCCAGACCACCACCACCACCACCCCCACCCAGGAGAGAGUCUAGCAGAAUCAAGAAGAUGUUUUGGACAGUUCCAAUUAAUCCUCAACCUGCUGUUUUUAUUGACCUAACUACUAGGUCUAUUGUUGCUGGAGACACAGGAGGGAAAGUAGUUGGAUUGACUCCAAGAACCCCACAAGUUGCUGACAGUGGUGUAGUGGCAACAUCCUCAACAGUGGCCAAAGGAAAAAGGAUAGUACAAUUCCAUUGA